AUGGAUGAUUCCUUCCAACUCUCCUUGACGCACGUGCACGCGCCUCCGUCGGGUUCCGGUCGCAAACGCAAGUUGAAACCCGGCCAUUCCGCCUUGACAUCCUUCAAGAAAAAGAAGCUGUCCGUGCUCCUCAUUAAGAACAGAGAUGAGCUUUGUUGCGCCAGAGCCAUCAUCACGGCCAAAGCCAGACUUGAUCAACACCCCAACUGGGACAGGUUCAAAAGAGGCAGAAGGAUCCAAGCAGAACAUGCAGUAGACCUUCAUCACGAAACGAGAGUUCCCCGAGGUCCGUGUGGGUACGACGAACUCGGAGCCUUCUCUCUUGCUCCUUCUCUCUACGACUAUCAAAUUCUUCUCUGUGAUGCCACGCGCGGGUAUGUCGUGACGUCGUUUGGCCCACCUUCACAAAAGCAGCUCGUCCUCCUCUAUGACGACGGCCAUUACGACGUCAUCACUUCUCUACCUGGAUUCUUUGGCACCUCCUACUUCUGCGCGAGGUGUCUCAAACCCUACGACAACCAAGGUCACCACGCCUGCGACAACAACCCGGACCAUUGCAGUGCCUGUCUCCAGACUGGAUGUCCGGAUUACACCGAGGCCCGAUGCCGAAGUCUUCCGGCGAUGCAGACCUGCGAUUCAUGUAGACGGAUGUUCUAUGGGACAGCAUGUCUCACCAAUCACGUGUCUAAGACACAGAGUGGGAAGACCGUGGAUCACCAGCAACUGAGCGUCUGUACAAGUUGUAGGAAGUACGGCAACUGUCGCGAACUCCUUGUGGGUCGCAAACAGCAACAAGAACACCGGUGUGGCUACGUCACGUGUCCUUCGUGUCACCAUUACGUCGAAGCCUUGUCGCAUCGGUGCUUCAUUCAAGUGGCUAAGACUCCCGAGGAAGAACGGGCGGAACGUCGCGCCAAACGAAGACCUGGUCGUCUUCUGCAUGGUGCUGCUGCCGGCUUGGCCACCGUGCACUCCAACGAGGAUGAUGUGCCCUCCACUUCUCUUCUUCCUUCACCUCCUGCGGACGGUGUCGACCUCAAUGACAAAAAACCUCCGUUACACGUAUUCUUCGACGUGGAGGCCAUACAGGACACGGGACGUCACGUUCCGAAUCUUGUUGUGGCCGAAACCGAGAACGAGAAGCGUCCAGUCCGCUUCCGGGGAGACUCGUGCAUGCGCGACUUCUUGGAGUGGCUGGACACGUUGACGGAGGAGGACAGCCGAGAGGUCAAGGUGUUGGCCCACAACUUCCAAGGGUACGAUGGUUACUUUGUCGUCAAAGAGUACCAUCGUCAACACCGCAUCGUCCAGCAGUUGAGGAACGGUACCAAGCUGUUGCAGGUCACCUUUGAUCGCAUCACCUUUAUAGAUUCUCUCUCCUGCUUCCAAAUGCCACUCUCGGCCUUUCCCAAGACGUUCGGUCUCACCAAACUCAAGAAGGGGUAUUUUCCGCAUCUCUUCAACACCCUUUCUAAUCAAUCCUACGUCGGACGCAUUCCUGACACUUCCUACUUCAUGCCAGACGUCAUAUCUGUAUCUGGACGACGGGACUUUGAGGCGUGGCAUACUCAACAACGUUUGGCCAUCGUCAUCUACGACUUCCAAAAGGAGUUGACUGAAUACUGCGAGUCUGACGUCAAACUCCUCAAGCAGGGGUGUCUCUCCUUCAAGUCCGUAUUCGAGCCUCUGGCUCGCUUCAAUCCCUUUUCCCACAUCACCAUCGCCUCUGCUUGCAACCGGGAUCUCCGUCAGAACCGCAAGGAAGCUGACACGAUCGCCAACGAACCGCUCCACGGGUGGUGCUUGAACACCAAUCAUUCUCGCGUCGCCCUGGAAUGGCUCCACUGGCAACAGCACCAGUUACCGGAUGAAGACGAUUACAUCCGACAUGCGGGCAAUUCUGGCGAGUACCAUUCCCGGUACACGGUAGACAGAUACCAUGAGAAAACCAACACUGUCUACGAGUUCCUAGGCUGCUUUUGGCAUGGUUGUCCGGUCUGCUAUUCCAAUCGCACCGAAUCCCAUCGCCGCCUCGACGAUAGGUGCUUUGACAACGUGUACCGUUGCACGCAGGUCAAACUCGACUUACUGCGUAAUCAAGGUUUCAGGGUAGUCGAAAUUUGGGAGUGUCAAUGGGAAAAACUGAAACGAGAACGCAAAGAUGUUUGCGUGUUUGUUGAUGCCCUAAAUCUCUCAGCCCCUCUAAAUCCUCGGGAUGCGUUCUUCGGAGGUCGUACGAACGCCUUAUGA